AUGGACGCCUCCUCCCUCCGCAUCUCCAAGUUCGAUGGAACUAACUUCCACGCCUGGAAGUUCAAGAUGCAGAUGGUGCUGGAGGAACGGGACCUAUGGGAGGUCGUCAGCGGUGAGAUCAAGGCGGAACAGUGCGAGACUCAGUUGGACCAAGCGACGUACAAGAGGAAGUCAAGAAAGGCGAUGGCAGUGAUCUGUCUAGCCAUGGAAGAUUCCCAGCUACCGUUGGUCCGGUCGACAAGUGGUGCAUGCGACGCAUGGUCAAGGUUGGAAGACCACUUCGAGAAGAAGAGUCUUGCCAACAAGCUGUUCUUGCGCCGUCGCUUCUUCACGACAAUGAUGGAAGAAGGCGACGAUGUGCUCGAACACAUCAACAAGCUCAAGACGCUGGCGGAACAGCUAGAAGCGGUGGGGGAUCCAGUCUGCGAGGACGAUCUGGUGAUCACACUCCUCGGCAGCCUGAGUGACUCGUAUCAAUUCUUGAUCACAGCUUUGGAGUCGCGCUCAGACACUCUUAGCUGGGAGCUCGUGACGUCUCGACUGCUUCAUGAAGAAAUGAAGCGGAAGGAGCAAGGAAGUAAAGGUGAUGAAGCUUCGCAAGGUCAAGCGUUCAUCACAAGGGACAAUCAGUGCAAAGGGCGACCAGUGAAGAAGUCCUGGCCGUGCCACAAUUGCGGAAAGAUUGGUCACUGGAUGGCGGAGUGCCCCUCGCGCAUCCAAGAAAACACGGAGAGAGACACCGGCCACAGCGUGCUCAAGACAGCGGCGACCGCUAUCGAUCACAACGUGCAAACGUCGCUCAAGAAGAAGACUCGGGCGACUACCUCUUUUCGAUCGGUGAAACGACAUCUGCGAAAUCGAGCGACAUCUGGCUGGUCGACUCCGGGGCGACGCAGCACAUGA